AUGGUUGAGCGUGUGAAUAGUGACGCGAUAAUGAGUCGCGGUUGUGCGGGUGGGCAUCGUUCACCGCCGCUCGCCGAGCGACGCUCAGUUCGUUCCAUCGCGGCGUACGCGUCGGAGCUCGCGGCGCGAGGCCGAUACCCGAUCGUAGUGCAACUAAAGCAAUCUUAUCGCCAGAUAAAAGUGCCAAUUAGUGCGCUAUUGUUUCGUGUGUGA